CACAGCUCGCUGUUUUAGGAGUGUGUUGCUUCACAUGAAAAUUAGUUUCGACUUCCCGCCCAACGUCACAAGGGGACGGAGCCAAGAGCACCCCUGCUCUGUGUUUGUGUUUGUAUAGUUUUACAGCCAACUGUGUCAGAAAGCCCACUAGGAACCGAAAAUAUUUAGCGAGUUUCACACGGACUGUUAUUAGCGGUGCAACUUCCCAUACUCAGAUGCCGGGCCAGAUCACAAUGCGCCCUUUUCUUCCGACAUGUUGUGCGUUCAUGCACCAAAUGUGAGUAAUAAUGUGACAAUCACUGAGUGAACAUUUACUCCUUUCAUAUAAGAGACUGUUUGUUAUAUAAGACGACGAUCGCGCCGCGAUCGCGGGAAAAUAUCGCUCGCGCUAGCCGCGAGAGAAUACAGUGUGCAAUAUAUGCUCCGUCAUUCCGCCUAUUGCCUUUUACUGCCAUUUAACUAAUUAGUUUGUUUGUUAUAACGUAUAUAUUUGUUCCUUUAUUAUCACUGUUUAAUCAUUGUAUAUAUGGUGUGAUUUCUCAUUGAAGUGAAUGUGUAAAGAUACCUUAUAUUUAUACUGUAUUCCUCAUCUGUUCUACAGACCACAACAUACUUGGAAAGUUUGAUGGCAAUGACUGCUUAAUAAUUGUUAUUAAAGAAGUUUGAAGAGGAUUACUUCUUUGUUGCCUGAUUCUCUGACCGGAAUCAAUGUCCAUAUUUGUCCGCCAGUAGAACUGUAAAUUUACUCCGUUGACAGAGGUAUAGUACCCCGUCACAAGUUGGUCCUUCGAGCCGGAGCUGGCAAAGCAAACAAUAUGGACAGUGCAACUGUAGUUGUAUCAGACCCCGCAGCCAGACCGAAGAGAAAGGGUAAACUGCCAUCACAUUUGGGAGAUUAUGAAGUUGGCUAUACACUUCCUGAGGGCCCUCCUUCAAUCACUGCUUCACGCUGUCACAGCCAACAUAAAAGCCAGUCAAGGAAAACGUCCCAUAGUAAAGCCAGCCUUCAUUCUAAAUCCAGUAGUUUUUCCACUACUUCUCGUGCACAAGCUACUUUAGCACUCACAAGCAGUCAGGCAGCCAUCGUGGAGGAAAAAAUUAAGCAGCGUCAGUAUGAUAACCUUCUUGAGCAGAUGGAGGAGGACAAGCUGGCCGAAAUGGAAUAUCACAGACUGCGAACACAAGCUAAGGAGGCUCAGCGCGUACAGGAAGAGGCUCUGGAGGCAAAGGAAGCAUUAGCUAAUCAAUUGGAAAGACAACGGAAGCUGAAAAAGGCCGAAGCUGACUUAGAAGUCGCUAAACUUGUAAAUUCUUUACUCAGCCAAGACCUAAGUGUGAUCGAUGCUGAACCUCAAGCAUCCCCAGACACCACAGCACCGCCACCAAAGUCCCUUUGUGCUAGCCCAGCUCCAUCUUCUGUCCUACAGCAGUCUUCAUGCUCCGCACCGCCCAGAAUGCAGAUCAUACAAACUGUUCCAGAGGCACAGAGCACAUUAAAGGAUCCUUAUAUGGCCCAUUCAACACCCUACUUUCCCCCAGGGGCGCUACAGGCAACUAAGUUAACACAAGCUCCAGCUCACACUGCCCAAAUGGCCAAUCAGCAUCCACCAAACCCAAUUUCAGUGCCACGACCCACUUUUAACCCUAUGCAUACAACAGCUCCUCAUCAGAGGGUGACAGUUGCAUCCAACAUGCCUAUUUGCCCACAGCCCUAUGCAAAUUCACCUGUUUCCCAAACUGGCUACUUGCCUCAACCCGGAACAGAGCUUUUGAUGGCCGCAGCCUAUGGCAUCCCUCGCCCAACACUACCUGUGUUUGAAAGUGGUACAGAAAGUGACUUUGCCCUCUUGAAAUUGGCCUUAGACAGCCUACUAAGUCCCCAUACUCACAUUAGCGAGCAAUACAAAUACCAAGUAUUAAUGAGUCAUCUGAAAUUUGCUAGUGCACAACAGCUAGCUAAAGCUUAUAUGCACCACCCACAACCUUACACCGCAGCCUUACAAGCUUUACAGGCGAAGUAUGGCCAGCCCAGACAGCUAGUUCAAUCUGAAUUAGGGGCUAUUAUGAGUACACCUCCACUUAAAAUAGGUGACGCAAACUCAUUUGACUCAUUCGCCCUGUCUGUCCAAUCCCUAGUCGGUAUGCUGAGGACUCUAGAGGGCCAGAAUGGAUUUGAGCUCAUGUGUGGUUCCCAUGUUGACCGCCUUUUAGGAAAAAUGCCCCCUGCCUACAGAGAUAGCUUUGUGGAGUACUGCUUUAGUCAUGGCAUCCUUCAAUCUGGUACAGACAGAACGUAUACACUACCUGACCUAGCAGCCUGGUUACAGACAAAAUCCCAAGCCAAGCGGAUCUCCAGUAGAGCGGUUGCUAUGUUCCAGUCAGAUAUUACAAAGACAUCUGGCAGGAGUAAAAGUUCUUCAUAUCAUUGGGAACGUCCAACGACUUCGUUUCUGACUUCAGAAAACGCUGUUAAGCCACCAGCAGCAACACCGGCAAAGGUCAGUCCCAAGCCAAAGCCGUAUUGUCCGUACUGUGACAACCCCGACCACUAUUUGAACUCAUGUGACAAAUUCAAGAAGCUGACCACCGAUCAAAUCGUCAGUUGGAUCACAAGAGACAAACGCUGUUGGAAGUGUGGGAGGAAUCACUCAGUUAAUACUUGUAACCUCAAGCGGCCAUGUAAAAUAUGCAAAGAAAUCCAUCUUACCAUACUGCAUGACUCAAUUAAAGACACUUCCAGAGCAGUUCUAAUGGUGAGUUUGCCUUCGACACAAAUCUAUCUGGAUAGACCUAACCGCUCACAGAAGGUGAUGCUCAAGGUCGCACGAGUUCUCCUGCACAGUCAAACCCAAACUAUUGAGGCUUAUGCCGUGCUCGACGAUGGCUCAGAAAGGACUAUUGUCCUCCCUCAAGUAGUUCGACAGCUUGGGCUUAGUGGAGUUCCAGAAGUGCUUUCUCUGCAGACAAUCCAGCGAAACCAUACUGACCUUAAUGGGUCCAAAGUCACCUUUGAGGUCUCUCCAUUUGCCAAGCCAUCAGAGAGGUAUGUUAUACGCAAUGCCUUUUCUGCCCCUGGUCUAUGUCUUGCUGAGCAUAACUACCCCGUAGCAGCACUACAGAAGUCAUACCACCAUCUGAAAGGUCUGCCUUUACAGCCAGUAGACAGAGUCAAGCCGUUACUCCUCAUAGGGUCUGACCUGCCACACCUCCUGACGCCAACACAGCCAGUACGAAGGGGACCAGAUGGUGGCCCCGUUGCUAUACAUACCAAGCUUGGUUGGGUACUACAGGGACCAAUGAGUCCAAUUCAGCCCCCCAAAGGCCUGCAACAAUGCCUACAUAUUAUGACAGCCCCAUCACGUGAAGAGCUGUCUCAGCAUGUGGAGCGCUUGUGGCAAAUUGACACAUUGCCAUACAAUGAAAAGCUGAUAACAAGAUCACAGCAAGACAACCAAUGCCAUAACCUCUUACAGACUACUACUGUCAGAGUAGACGUAAAUGGGAUACAGCGUUAUGCUACUCCACUGCUAAGACGUACCCCCAUCACUUUGCUCCAUACAGGCAUUGAAGCUGUAUUGCCCAGCCUCAGAAACCUUGAAAGAAAAUUAGCCAAAAAUCCUGAGCAGGCACAGGUUUACUGUUCUGAGAUCCAAAAGCUUGAGUCAGCAGGUUACAUCGCAAAGAUAACACCACAAGAGGCAAACCACUCCACAGAGUCAUGGUUUAUCCCACACCACCUGGUGCAUCAUAAUGGAAAAGAUCGUAUCGUCUUUAACUGCUCCUUCCAGUAUAAUGGCCAAAGUCUAAAUGAACAACUUCUUCCUGGGCCAACGCUAGGACCAUCUCUGUUGGGGGUGAUUUUGAGGUUCCGACAGCAUGCCGUUGCAGUGAGUGGGGAUAUCAAAGGCAUGUUUCACCAAGUGCGUCUGUUACUGGGGACCGGCCUGUGCUGCGAUUCAUCUGGAGGAAUAUGAAUAGGGAGGCAGUUCCGGACAUUUACGAGUGGCAGGUUCUUCCAUUUGGCACAACAUGCAGCCCGUGCUGUGCCAUUUAUGCCCUUCAGUGCCAUUCCCAGGAAAACAGAGAAA